CGCGAUGAGCGCACGCUGCGAGGCCCGGGCCGGAGCCGCUUCCUUCAGCGCGGGGCGGCGGGGCCGGCGGGGGGUGCGGCGAUCAUCUUCCCUCCCCCCUCCCCGCCGCUACACUGCAGCGCUGCCGGCUGCCCGGCGCUUAUUGGCUGAGGAGAGGCGGCCGCCUACGUCAGAGCGCUGCCGCUGACGCCACGGGGCGGGGCUCGGCGAGGCUGAGCGGGAGACGGCGCGGCGAUGAAGAACCAGGGCGGCGAGACCAAGGCGGCCCCGCGGCCCGCGGCCAAAACGAGCGGCGCUCUGGCGGAGGAGGGCGACCUGGCCGAACCCAGCGCAGCGCUGGAAGCUCCCCUCGCACAGGAGGACACAAAGUCCUCCCGGCCUGCCGUGCGCGAUGUCUCUGAAGAGCUGAGCAGGCAGCUUGAGGACAUCUUGAACACGUACUGCGUGGAUGCCAGCCAGGAGGGUCCGGGUGAGGACGGCGGACAGAGUGAGGCUGUGGAGCCAGAGGAGGUGGAGAAGUGUCGCAGUGAGUCCCCGAGGAACGGAGAUCAGGAGUCAGGCAGCCCUGAGAUGAAUGGGGAGAAGGAAGGCACGAAGGGGACUGAAGAGUUUCGACCUGGAGAGGAGUGUGGGGAGCGGGAUCAGAAGAAGGCUCAGGAAAAGAAGAAAGCCAAGGGCCUAGGCAAAGAAAUCACUUUGUUGAUGCAGACCCUGAACACCCUGAGCACGCCAGAGGAGAAACUGGCAGCACUGUGCAAGAAAUACGCUGAGCUGCUGGAAGAGCACCGUAACUCCCAGAAACAGAUGAAGAUUUUGCAGAAGAAGCAGACGCAGCUGGUGCAAGAGAAGGACCACCUGCAGAGUGAGCACAGCAAGGCCAUCCUGGCCCGCAGCAAGCUGGAGAGCCUGUGCCGUGAGCUCCAGAGGCACAACCGCACCCUCAAGGAGGAGGGUGUCCAGCGAGCACGAGAGGAAGAGGAGAAGCGGAAGGAGGUGACAUCCCACUUCCAGGUGACGCUGAAUGACAUCCAGCUCCAGAUGGAGCAGCACAACGAGAGGAACUCCAAGCUGCGCCAGGAGAACAUGGAGCUGGCAGAGCGGCUCAAGAAGCUCAUUGAGCAGUAUGAGCUGCGGGAGGAGCACAUUGAUAAGGUGUUCAAACACAAGGACCUGCAGCAGCAGCUCGUGGAUGCCAAGCUCCAGCAGGCACAGGAAAUGCUGAAGGAAGCAGAGGAGAGACAUCAGCGGGAAAAGGACUUUCUGCUGAAGGAAGCUGUGGAAUCACAGAGGAUGUGUGAGCUGAUGAAGCAGCAGGAGACUCAUCUCAAGCAGCAGCUGGCUCUCUACACAGAGAAGUUUGAAGAAUUCCAGAACACCCUUUCCAAAAGCAGUGAAGUGUUCACAACAUUUAAGCAGGAAAUGGAGAAGAUGACAAAGAAAAUUAAGAAGCUGGAGAAGGAGACCACAAUGUACCGCUCUCGCUGGGAGAGCAGCAACAAGGCUCUCUUGGAAAUGGCUGAAGAGAAAACCCUUCGGGAUAAAGAGCUGGAGGGGCUUCAGGUGAAAAUCCAGCGCUUGGAGAAACUGUGCCGAGCCCUGCAAACAGAGCGCAACGACCUCAACAAGAAGGUGCAGGACCUGUGUGCCCACACGGCGCGGGCAGACGUGGAGCCGACAGAGGCUCUGAAGGAGCCAUCGAGGGGGGGCUGCGAGGCGGCAGCUGGAGGAGCCCCGGCAGAGCAGCGGCUGCCUGAGGAUCGCCUGCACUCGGGAAAGGCGGCGCACAGCACAGAUCCUGCAGAAAGCCUUGGAGAACUGAGCACAGGAGCCUUGGGGCAGAGCGGGACUGAGGAAGGCGCUCAGGGUGCUGACUGAGCCUGCUGUGUGGUAGGCGGGAGGAGGGUGAGGGAGGGUAGCACGAACGUUUGCAGGCUCCAUCGGAAGCCCUUCUCCUGGUCCUUGGAUGGGGGCACGAGGACGGCCCUCCUUGGGCUGUGAAAUUUCCUAGCUUAGGCUUUUGGAGGGUUUUUUAAAUGUUCUAUAUAUAUAUACACAUAGAUGAUGUGUGUGUGUAUAUAUGAGAUAUCAAAUACGUGCAGGGCAACAUACACUUUAUAUAUGAAUAUAUAUGAAAUCUAGAAUGACCCACCUCCCUGCGUGUGUGGAUAACUAAUAUAUGGAGACUCAGCUGAUUGUCCCUGUCACUGAAAAACCUUGUCAUUGGCAGGCUGCGACUCCCCUAAAAUGUAGUGCAGCACAGGAAAGCAAGGGCACGGAUCGGCCCAAGCCCUCCGGCUCACGGCACCGGGACAGCAGGACACGUCGCUUCCUCCACCUUCACGGCAAUGCUGUCACACUGGGUGAGAGCAAAAGAACUGAGCGAGGGAGAACGUAAGCAUUUCCCAGCGCUGGAUUCUCCCUCCCUGAUCUGCAUCAGGCAGGAGGCGGCUCCUGGACUUGCUGUUGCUUCCUCACGCCCUGGCUGGCAGCUCUUUCUUGAGCAGAACCGUCCAGUUCCCCUCUUGUAUGGGUUUUGUGUAUUGAACGGGGACAGAAAAGCAGAGAAACUGGGGACACCGGAUUUGCCCAGGCACCCUGCAGGGCCUUUGCUCUUCCUAGAACCUGCCAGUGUUUCAAUAGCCUUAUGAUUCACAGUUGCCUCUUUGCUAUACGCACAUGUGCACAAGUAUAUUAAACAGUUAAUCCAAAGGUCUAACUCCGAAGUGUUUUGCACAAGCACCUGUGAUUAGUUGUGCAAGGGGAUCGGGACGCCCUUGUGACCGAACUCCUCUGCCCUGCCUCAGGACCGUCCCUUGGUGUUGAGUGGGGUGGUUUCGGAGGUAUUCAUGGAGCUGGGGCUCCAGGAGGAUCAAAUCUGUGGCUGCUCCAUGACCUGAAGCUGAAUCGCUGGGACCAGCUCGAGGCUGGUGCUGUGGGCCGAUUCCUUCUGCAGCGUCACACCCUGCAGACAGGCUGUGCUGCCUGGGCCUCUCCUUCCCCUCUGCUUUUUCAGAACAGCAUCUCCCAGAUGCUGGCAGUCACCAAGUCUGAGCUGCUGCCGCUGUGUCUGGGAGGCCUCUGAUGGCACGAGAGGCAAUCUGGCGCAGAACUUGGGGGAUUUCUCCUUAGUUUCUCAACACUUCCUUUUUGUCACUACUCGUUUGGGAGACAUCGACUUGCUUGAAAACCUCUUGCUGCAGCUUCUCUUUACAGCAGACUAUUUUCAGCAUUGCCUUCCUUUUGCUUGAAGCUGAAUUGAGCUGGCUGAGCUGUUCCUCACAGUGAAUGCAUUCGGCGGAACAGUUUUGGUUUCUUUUCUGGCUGCAGCUGCUUUUGCAUCUUCUCUGCAACUGUACAGCGCCCUUGGAAGGACCUGCCGUGGGAGCUGCCUGCAGGAGGCGCUUCUGCCUCCCCCUUUAUUCCCUGGGGAUUCCGGAGAGUUUGGGUCUAAGGAGGGAGGCUGUUGAGUCUAUUGAAGCUCCACGGAGCCACAAUCUUGAACAUCACUGCGGUUUGCUCCCCAGGGCUUUCUGGGCUGCUUCUGGCCCUGCGCCGCCUGCGUUGCUUCCUCCUGGGUGGGUUGCAUCUGACUUGGGCAGGAGCACAUGAAGGUGGUGGGAGAAAGGGCUGCAGCCUGGCACUGGAUUUUUCUUUCCUGCCCUUUCAGUCAAAGAAAAAUCCCUCAGAAAGUCACAAACACCUUCACUUUUUUUUUUUUUUCCUGUUAUGGCACAGAUAACCUCUGUGGGGAGCUGAUGUAUGUAUCUUCGUAUCCAAUAGAAACACCCACAAACUCA